CGGAGCGCGUUGGUGAAGUGCAGACGAAACUCACGUUAUCUGCUCCCGUGGCUUGUUUUCUGUUGCUUGCUUACUAGGAAGUCGUUUCGGGGAGACGGAGGUUUUUUCGGUCAGUCUGUAGCAACUGAGAGGCCCUUUCAUUUCGGAGAGAAGAUUCAACCCUCCCCCUCGGCUGUCUGAUGUCACCGACGACGAUGGGCAAAACCGGCCGGCCACCCCUCCCCGCCUCGAGGAGCAGUUGCUUUUUAAUCGCCCUCUUUGCCCUGCUGACGCUCCUCUCGGCCGGCAACGGUGUCGCCGGGGAUGGACCUCGCAGCUACAAGCACAAACGCCACCACUACAUGACGGUGCACCGGCACGAGCCCGCGAGCACACUGACGGACUAUGCAGGCACCACCAGCCCACCGCAGAACGGACGGGGCGGUCCCGGGCUCCCAGCUUCGUCCGCUGAAUUUGACGAUUACUUGGACCACGCAGAUCCGUGCGAAGGCAAGUAUUGCGGGGCGGGUCGUGAAUGCCAGGCUUCGGAGGACGGCAGCGUCGGCAUCUGCGUAUGUGCGACACGUUGCACCAGAAGGCACCGGCCCGUUUGCGGCAGCGACGGCAAAGUUUACGCUAAUCACUGCGAACUUCAUCGGGCCGCCUGCAACCUCGACAGACCCCUCACGGCGAGCCGGCUCAUGCGCUGCUUGCACCGGGAUGACCAAAAUCAUGAGACACCGAAAGUUUUGCCACUCGGGAAUGCGACACCAGCCACGCCGAAACAGGUCAACCGUCAAAGCAGCCAAGACGACAGCAAAGAAAAUUCCGUCGACGACGGAAGCUACGGCGCAAACAAGUGCACACCCCAAGAAUACGAAAUUAUGAAGGACAACCUAUUGCUGUACAACCACGAGCGACUGAUGGCCAAGGACAACCACAGCAAGGAGUACCUGGUGAGCAUAAUGUUCUCGCACUACGAUGAGAAUAACGACGGGAAUCUCGAGGGCGAGGAGCUGGAGCAAGUAGCCGAGCGCGAGGACCUCCGACGGCUGAGCAAAAAGUGCUCGCUCCGCCACAUGAUAGCUUACGACGAUGCCGAUCGCGACGGUCGGCUCAACGUCAACGAGUUUUACAUGGCUUUCAGCAAACUCUACAGUGUGCUUGUAGUCUCGCUGGACAAGAACCUCGAGGUCAAUCACAUUCCGGCGCGGGUGGGCGACAACGUCGAGAUAAAGUGCGACGUGACGGGUACACCGCCUCCACCCCUCGUCUGGCGGCGCUACGGCUACGAUCUCGAAGCCCUCUCCGAGCCCGAGGUACGGAUUUUCAACGACGGCAGCCUGUACCUGACGAGGGUCCAGCUCGUCCACGCCGGCAAUUACACCUGCCGCGCUCUUAACAACAAGGACGUCAUCCAGACCCACGUGCUCACUGUGCACACGAUACCGGAGGUGCGAGUGACGCCGCGUCUGCAGUCCAAGCGGCCGGGGGAGGAGGCCUCGAUGCGCUGCCACGUGGUCGGGGAGCCUCUGCCGCGAGUCGAGUGGCUGAAGAACGACGAGCCGCUGCGCGAACAGCGUGCCGAUGACAAGUACGAGGUGGUGGGCAACGGGACCAGUCUGGCGAUUCGGGACAUCAACUACGCCGACACCGGGGCCUACAUGUGCCAAGCGACCAGCGUCGGGGGCGUCACGCGGGACAUUAGCAGCUUGGUCGUCCAGGAGCAGCCCACGCCGACAGCACCGAGCGAGGAGCGAAGGUUCUUCUCGUUUCACGAGUGGGGCAUUUCGGUGUACGAGCCGUCGGCCUGUCGAUUGUACCAUCAAAUCAAGUCUACCGACAUUAUACCGGGGACUCAGGAGUACGUUUGCGUCGAGGAGGGAGUGCCUUGUUCGUGGGGCCGCGCGAUAAACGUGGCCAAUCGCUACGUCUACGUGUCCCAGCCGCUGAAGGACCGCAUCCUCGUCAUCAGCAAAAUUCAGAUGGUCGUUGUCGACGUGGUGACAACGGACAAAUACCCGGUGGAGCUGCAGUACGUGCCAGCGUUGGACCAAGUCUGGGUCCUCAAUUGGCGCAGCGAGACGGACAUGGGGGUGAAGACGAUACAGGUGAUCAGGGACGCGGCGCAGAAGAAGAAACACAGGACCGUCCACCCGGAACCGAUCGACGGACAGUUUGAUCUCGUGCGCGGCCUCUACAUCCCGGAACGUCAGGACAUCGGUCACGUGUUCAAGUACGGGUACGUGACGCACACGAAUCAACGGGGUAUGUACAAGCUCGACUUGGCGAACAUGAGGUACAAGACCAGCCCCGAUCUCGCCCCCUACAACUGCGUGCCUGUCAACGUCGUGUUCCCGGCAUUGUAUGGCUUCGUGAUCCUCCAGUGCGAGGAGCCAAUAACCGGUCGAGCCACCGGCCAAUUACUGCUGGAUUACCUCACGGACACUGUGUUGGAGCACAAACCCGAGCUGGUGGGCAAGCCGAUGGUCUCGCCCGACUCGCGGCACCUCGUCACCCUCGACAGGCGCCAGAACGGCGUCGUACUCAUCGUCGAGGAGAUAUUACCGACCGGAUUAAACUUUGCGUUUGACGUCAAGACUACUCUGAACAUCAGCGACAUCACGUUCUAUCCGUCCCAGACGGCCCACGGCUACGACCUCUACGCCUCGUCGAUGGAUAACAAGGAGGACAUACUCUUCCUCAACUUGGCAUCAGGCAAAGUGGAAAUGAUAACGGGCGUUGGCAAGGCGAUGCCGGUGAGCUACGCAAAGUGGGGCAACCCGAACAGGCCGAUAGUCCAGAGCGGAGUGUUUGGCCGGUACAUGGUCAGUCCGUCGAACGAGGCCCUGUUUGUCCUUAACGGCGAGACGCGCACCGUCAACUGCGAGAUCGGCGGCCUCGUGCGACCGGGCAUGGUCGUGUGGUUCACCGUACCCACGCACUAAAAACUAUUAUUAUCACCAUGACUGGCCGGUGUACAAUACAUGUUGUUGGAAUUUGUCCAACGUUUUUAACGAUUGUGCUUUUCACUGCGUCGAUGGAUAAGGUGAAUUCAAUUUUUUUUUGGUUUUUUUUUUUUUUUAGGAUAAAAAAGAGUUGAUGAUCGACGCGGCGUUAGCGAUCUUAUUAUUAUCAUCCGGCUUUUCGUGGCGCGACAACUGAUGGUAGGUUUACAUCCGAAAAUAAUUGUAUUUGGUUUUAUGUGUUACUGUUUACCAACGUGUUUUAUAUGGUUUACUCGUUGAUUAAACUUUUUCACGAAAAAAAAAAAAAAAAAAAA